AUACAAUGGGAGGAAAAUUGCUACUUGCACAUCGACGACGACCUCUAUCCAGGCAAACGACAGCUUCAAGAUUGCAACAUGAGUUCUCGCAGGAUCAUAGUGUCCAUAGAUUUUGGCACGACGUUCUCUGGACUCGCGUGGGCGGAGACGAAUAGGGCGGACCAUCAAUAUGUCAUCGAUAAAUGGCCGAGUAAUACAUCGUCGACGACUAGUCCAAAGGUGCCGACUGAACUACGGAAAGUGAACGAAGGAUUUCAAUGGGGGUUCGAGAUUCCCAGGAAGGCGAAGCGGAACAAAUACUUCAAGCUCAAACUUGACGAUCCAAUCUCCACAACCACCGACACUCGUCCUCCGGAAGAACUGACACAGCUCUAUCUUUCGUACUUAUACAAGCACAUGGUAUCCGUUCUAGAAGAAAGGCUUUCAUCCAGUGUCGUGCGAGACACCCCUCUAGACUUCAUUCUCACAGUACCAGCAAUCUGGUCACAGGCCGCGAAACAGAAGACCGAGACCGCAGCAGUCCGAGCUGGCUUCAAAGGCGCAAGAAAGAUCCAUCUUGUAUCUGAGCCGGAAGCGGCAGCGAUAUACACCUUACACAGUCUCGGAGCACCCACUCUGCGAGUAGGUGCAACGUUUGUAGUGUGCGAUGCUGGAGGCGGCACCGUGGAUCUCAUCUCUUACAAAGUGCAACAAUUGAGUCCAAAGCUCAAGGUCAAAGAAGCUACAGAAGGUACCGGUGGAAAAUGCGGCUCUUCGAUGCUGAACAAUCGCUUCCGAAGGUUCUUGAAGCAGAAACUUGGUGAGGACUAUUGGACGGCGGAUCGACUUGUAGAGGGUUUGAACACUUUUGAAGAUUAUAAGAAGACAUUCACACCAAACGGCGAGCCACUCUCCCUCCGCGUCGAACUCCCCAACGACCCGGCCCGCGACAUACGCCGCAACCGCUUCCGCAUCAAGCAGCGCGACAUGCAGCAAGAAAUCUUCGAACCCAUCAUCAAAGACGUCAUCAACCUCGUCCAAGAGCAAAUCUCCAUGGCGGGCAGCGACGUGGCCGCCGUGCUGCUCGUCGGCGGAUUCGGACAGAGCGAGUACCUCAAGGACAGGAUUCAGACGUCAGUCGGUUCGGCGAUCCGGGUCCUGCAGCCAAGCAAUGGGUGGACGGCCGUUGUGCAGGGCGCUGCUAUGAUCGGCCUCACGCGCGCCAGCGCGAACCUGGCACAGGUGAAUAUUUCGGAAAGAGUGGCGAGGAAGCACUAUGGGACGGAGCUUGUCACAUCAUUCGAGGCUGGCGUGGAUGAGGAAUGCAAGAAAUUUUGGUAUGAGAAAUGGAACUGCUGGGCGGUCAAGAAAAUGCAUUGGUUCAUUGAGAAGGGCGUCCCGUAUCCCGAAGAUCGUCCCUCCACCAUCUCUUGCAACAUCGACUUCCCAGUCCGCAGUGGGGCGGAUGCUGCUACGACCAUCAGCGUCUAUGUCAACUCUGCCGAUAGGAGCGCCCCACGGUACAUGAAUGCCAACACAACGAAGGUCGCUACUCUCAAUGUGGACGUUGGCCGCGUCGGGUUCGGCAGGAAGCUGUUCAGUAGUAAGAAGAAGAGAAUGGCCGAUGGACAUUGGUAUUACCAGUUCAAGGCAUUCAUCGAAGCUGCGUACGAGAGUGCUGACAUUAGAUACACACUGAAGUUGAAAGAUAAAACGCACGAUGUGAUUAGAGUGGACUACGAUUAAGGGUCCACCUAGUAAGAGGUGUACCUCGAAGUUGACCGAGUCUCCGCGGAUGCAUCCGCAUACUGAUAUGUCCACGCUUGCUGUCCGUUGCCUUCGACAACUUGGCGAGAUGCAGACUCCACCGCCGAUCUAUUAUCUCAUGCACGUUCUGAAUCGCGAGAUAGAAGCUCGAUAGAAGCCCAUGAACAAACUGCCAGCUAAAUGCACAGAGAGAGGAAAAUCCCAAUCUAUUCUCUAAAAAAGCCAUCUAUCAAUAAAACAAUCCGCUAGCAAAGGGGUAUAAUGCAGCAGAAGAAAGGGAAAUCUAUAUAGAACCCGGGUAUCUGGAGUUCGGUCGUAGAAUCUAUAUGUAUGUACAAUAUUAUCGAGACGACAAACCUCACUAUAACGAGGAAUGUCCUGCUCAUGUUCCUAUUAAUUAUGUCGGAAUUAUUAAUGCAAUGUCG